CUAUUCUGAUGGCAUUUCAAUAGCUCCUGAUUUAAUGUCGUCAAUAACAUCAUGUGCUGCUCGUCCAUCAAUUGUACAUCCGACGCUCUGUGCAGUUCCUAAAACUUCUCUGCAUGUUCCCGAGAGUUCGCGUGCCAUUGAACGAGGUCUCAUUACACGAGCAAUGCUAAUAACAUCAUCUAAUGAAAUUAUAGCAGCAAUAGACUUACUGUUUUUCACCUUCUUUCUGUCUCUUGGUGGUUCCUUAAGUGCCUUAACAAUCAAUGAGGCUGCUGAUGGAACGACUGAAAUAGCGGCUUGACGAUUUUGGAUGGUAAGACAUACUGUAAUCUUCAAUCCUUUCCAGUCUCCAGUGGCUUUUGCAAUAUCAUCACCAACUUUCUUUGGUGAUAAACCCAAUGGACCAAUUUUUGGAGCCAAUGAUGAAGUUGCACCGACUUCACCACCAACGCAUCGCAAAUAUACCUGCUUGAUUUCUGUUGGGUCGAAUUUUGGUGGCAU